CUAAUGCACUCCUGAAGACACAGAAGCUGCCGAGCAUGCUUUUAUAAGAUGAACAGUAUCAUCCCAACACGCGUCCCCUCAAAACACCGAUGACCCCAAUCACCCGGUGACAUACCAGUAACAUGGAAGCAGCUAUCAGAUGGUCGCCUCACUCUACGAAGCAGAAACCUCGCUUUCUCAUCAUCGAUGUCGCGGGAAAUCGAUUACGACUGUGUCAAAUCGACUCGUUCGACCAAGGCAAAGUGCAGUACAAGCAGCUUUGUCAACGAGAUAAACUCCCAAACUUCACCGCCUUCGACUGGUCCAAGAAAGACGAGUAUAUCGUUGCCUUAGGGUCUGCAUCUGGUGAAGCGACUAUAGUUGAGAUCAAUGCCGACCGGCCGCAUUCCGAGUACAUUCAUACAUUCUCUAUCAAACAUCAAAGAAAGUGCAACUCGAUAGCUUUCAGCGCUAAGAACUGCCUGGCAACAGGCCUAGAUCGAGUGCGUAAUGACUUUUGUAUGAACAUCUAUGAUCUUAAUACCCCGUCUGUUGCGGCUCUACAAGAACCGUAUAGGAAGCUUGCCAGCUCAGAAGCUAUCACAAGCAUCAAGUUCUUCACUGGACAGCCGGAUACUCUGAUUGCGGGGGUGUCUCGACAAUGCAUUCGGUUGUACGAUUUGCGUGACUCUGGAGGUUCUAGUGCGGCACAAUUCCCAACUCGCCAAGUUCAUAAUGUGGCGAUAGAUCCGCUCGACGAGAACUAUUUCAUAUCAGCUGGACCCACUGGUGACCCGGCCGUGAGUGUUUGGGAUAAACGCUUCGCCGCACGCUCCACUCCAGGCACCCCAGGAGAGGCAUCACAAAGCGGUGCUGUGCUCGACAUUCAGCCUGUGGUAGACAAUACCCAGUCGGCGACCAUUUGGAGUCUUCGAUUUUCUGGCACAAAGAGAGCAUCUUUCGGCGUACUAUCGAAUACAGGAGAAUUGAAGGUGGUCGAGCUUGCGCAGCAUUCGCACAAAAUUGAGUCCCAUCUUACGCAGAUGCCUCCUCAGGGCAUUUCAUCAUGGAAUUCUCCUCAUUAUACGAAGACUUCGCACAAUUUGCAGUAUCCGUACUACGAUGAACGGCAUAGGCAAAACGAAAGCACCCGCGUUAUAGCGUGUGAUUUCAUGAACGUGGGUAGCCCUGUCAGCGGACAAUGCGUACUUGCUCUUCGACCAAACCGGGAUGUUGAGCUAUUGAGGGUCCCUGCUCCGGCAGCCCUUAUCAACGUGACGGUGCUCGACGAAAUAUACAGGAACCGUGACAUCAUCGCUAAGCCAAGCCAGAGGCACGGGACAGUUGCAGAAGACUUAACGAUCCUCCAAAAUAAAGCCCUGGGCGAAAAGCACUCUGUGACCCCGAACCCAAAGGAAAGCUUGUCAGAGCGGUUAGAUAAGUUCUCCAUCGACCAGCCGAAACGAACACCAUCAGCGAUCAAUAUUCAAUCAUCUAUACACUCAAGCAGGGAGCUCCAUGAGGAUCUGCUUACUCUUGCUUUCCCAGACGUGAGAGUCAAGCUUUCAGAUGUUCUCAAGGUGCUUGAGACUCAUAAGAGAAGAUGUCAAGAAGGCUACAACAUGGACUGUCGAAAGAACCAAGAGAUUGUCGCAAACGAUCCGUGGUUAGUUGAUAUGUGGGGCCUUAUUUCAAGAUUGGACUUGUUAUCAUACGAGGAUGGUAUGAUAGCGAAUGGGCUUGAUUUGACUUACCUGGGCGUAAGCUCGAUAUGGUCCAACAAGCUCGGCUCAAUCGAUCAACGGGUCAUUGACGUCGAGGAACCAUCAAAAUCCACCUUCGUAACAGCAGUCAAGAUUAUCUGCAAAGAGAAGGACUUUCCUGAAUUUCAGGGUGUUCACACAAGUUUUCCAGAACACCGGCAACUUUGCCUGUCUAUUUGUGGAUGGAAUCUAUCCACGAAAGGGCUACGGGAGAAGUGUAUGGCCCUCAUGGACCGGGGCGAAUAUCACAAAGCUAUUGUCCUGGCUGUUUUUAAAGGUUACAAGGACGUUGCCUUAGAUCUUUUAAGAUAUGCCAUCCAGCAGAAAUUGCUGCAUACCAUUGGACUUGCAGCUGUCAUUGCUUGCGAUUCGGUCAAUGAUGAGCAACGACACAUGUGCUCUUGGAUGGCAGAGGAGACAGAUGAUCCAUAUCUGAAAGCGCUUUUGGCGUACUUCAUCAGCGGCGAGUGGAGCACCGUGACUGAUAUGAAGCAACUGUCUCUGACUGACCGCGUUGGAGUCGCCCUUAAAUACUUGGAUGAUGAACGUCUUGGAUCAUUCCUCCACAUCGCCCAGAGCGAAGCAAUCGUGUACGGCAACGUCGAGGGACUAAUCCUGACUGGCCUUACUGAGCAAGCUAUGAACAUAUUCGAGCAUUACAUUGCUAAGUUUGGCGACAUACAGACCGCCGUUCUUGCCAUGGCACGCACCAAUCCGCUGUACAUCAACGACCCCCGCUGGUCUCUCUGGAAAGACACAUAUCUGUCGCAGAUGCAGACCUGGCGAACUUUCCUGGAACGGACUCAUUUCAUCAAAGAACACAAUUUAUAUUCUGUCACACGCGAAAAGCGGUCGUUGAAUAAGCCUUCAUCACCUGCCUUGUCAGUACGCUGUCACAACUGCCAGAUGAACCUCGCCCUGCGCCGCGAUAACAAGAGCAAGCGAGACUAUGUCAUGGCCGACCCGCACCAACCCACUCCUCCGAGCAAACGCUUCCUCGGUCGUCAGAGCGCGGGAACAAGUCUAUCCUGCCCUCACUGCGGGGCUCAAAUGCCUCGAUGUGGAUUGUGUAUGAUGUGGCUCGGGAGCCCAGAUCCUGCAAAGCCAGGAGCAGCGGCGGCACUCGCGGAAGAGGAUUCAGAGACGAGGCUUAUGGUGUUUUGUAUGAGAUGUACGCAUGGAUUUCAUGGGCACCAUGCGAGGGAUUGGUUUGCACGGCAUGCAAUGUGCCCGGUUCCCGAUUGUCAGUGCAUGUGUGGACUAUUGAAGUAAACGAGAGACGAAGGAGAUGCCGGGCCGCAGACCUAUGUAUAGCUAGACUUGCACGACUCCCUAAUAAUGUAAUCGUCCGCCUGCAAAUGAAAUGAAGACUUCCUAGACUGCU